AUGGCUGCUCGUCGUAGAGUUCGAACUCUUGAAGAUUUGAAUGAAGACUACAAUGGUGGGGGUUGCACGUUCGAACAAUUUAAUCGAACACAUCCUCCCACCUUUGAUGGAAGAGGUAAUGCGAACGCUGCGGAAUAUUGGAUACAAGACAUUGAAGAAAUAUUUGGUGUUUUGGAUUGUACCGAUCAGCAAAAAGUCAAGUUCGCAGCAUUCAAACUAUCUGGAGAAGCAAAGAGAUGGUGGAAUUCUGAGAAAGUUAUCAGGGAAGCUGAGGGGAUUGGGGCCGAUAGGGAUGCAAGAGCCCGAGAGUUCACCAAUUUGGUGCAAGGGACCAUGACUGUGCGCCAGUAUGCUGCAAGGUUUGCAGAAUUAUCACGUUUUGCUGCAUACUUGAUUCCCAAUGAGGAGAAAAAGACUAGGAAGUUUGAAGAAGGUUUGAACUACAGGAUCUAUGAGCGGGUGAUGGUCUUACAGAUUCAGAAUUUUUCAAAAUUAGUGCACAAGGCGACGCUAGUUGAACAGAAUCUUAAGAGGGGUGCUGAAUUGCAAGAACAGAGGAAGAGAGCGGCUCCGCAAGGGUUUCCUAGUUCGGAUCAAGGGAAGGAAGUGGGAUCAUGUUUCAAAUGCGGUAAAGAUGGGCAUUUCAUUAGAGAAUGUCCAUUGCUUGCGGAGAACAAUAGAAGGCCCAACCCACCCCAAAACUUCAGGCCGAAUAGUCAAGGCAACAAUCAGCGGAGGACGGUACCUGCUCGGGUGUUUGCUUUGACACCGGGAGAAGCUGAGGACAAGGAGGAUGUCAUCACAGGUAUAAUUCUCUAG